AUGACGGCAGACGGCCAGGCGGCGACGGAGAGAGGCUCCAAGAACGACGGCAGACGGAGAGAGGCUCCAAGAAUGACGGCAGACGAAGAGAGGCUCCAAGAACUGAGAGGCUCCAAGAACGACGGCGGACGGAGAGAGGCUCCAAGAAUGACGGCAGAUGGAGAGAGGCUCCAAGAAUGA